CUCCUCCUCGCUUUAACCUCCUUCACCGACUUCUCUCCUUAACCGGAGGCUAGCAAAGCUCCUCCCUCAACCUCUUAAAACCUUGCCUCGACAUCUUGUUUUUUUUUUUUUUUUCCUCUUAAGCCACUCUCACUACAAACCUAAAAAGAAACCCUAAAUGGGACCCCUCUGUCGGACGCCGCCACAACCCUUUGUCCCUCUUUCAGGCGCGAGGCCCUAGAAAGUAGAAACCCUCACGACAACGUGAAGCUCUUAACCUCUCUCCACCGAGCCUCCAUCGCUCUGAGUUUUCUCUUUUGGUUUUUUGGCUUGUUUGGGUUUUUGCUUUUCUGUGAUUGGGUAUCCUACCUGCUGCUAGACUAGGGUGAUUGUCCUCUUAUUUAUGUUUUUUUUUUUAAUUUUGGUGGUUUUUUCUUUAUUUGUCUCAAGGGUCUUCUGAUCUUCUCUAGGAUUUCUGUUUUUAAGGUUUUUCCGUUUCUCAGGGGGCGGGCCUCCCCCAGAUUGUAAUGUCACUCUAGGCUCCCUUGGGUUUUUCGACUUCAGCUUGAAAUUGAAAAUUGUUUUUUCAAUAUUAUCAGGUUAUCAUGAAUUUUGCUUACAUUUCUGAAAUAUUUUUGUUUUUUCUGCUGGACCUGUACAACAUGUUUGCUCUUGUCUAGGCCCUAACUUUAAAACCACAAACGAAAGCCCUCAACUCUCAUCUUAAUCUCAAUUUGGCAGUACAUUCGCCGUCAACGAUCUUUCUCUUUCUACCAAUACUAUGUAUGUGUUAUCUUUGUAAUUUUUUUUAGAUGGAAUUCUGACGUAAUCCAAAAGCAGAUAAUUCGAAAUGAAGCAAUCAAAGGAUCCAUUUGAAGCGGCGUUGGAGGAGCAAGAGGAAUCACCACCUGAUUCCCCAAUUGGUCAGGAUGAGUUGGACAGCCAAACCCAAAACCAAACCCCUGCUGGGCACCAUACUCUUGUAGAUGACGAUGAUUAUGAUGAAAUCGGCACCAAUGUCGAUAAUCCCUCUCACCAAUCAUCCAACCCCACUCCUAUGUUGCUCACCCCCAGUGUUAACGCUAAUGUUGCUUCUGCCGCCGCAGCCUCCAAGAACAAAGAAUAUGAUGAUGACGAAGAGGAGGAAAACGUGGAUGUUGAGCUUGGCAAGUUCCCUUCUAGUGCUGAUCCUGCUAAAAUGGCCAAGAUGCAGGCCAUUUUAUCACAAUUCACAGAGGAUCAGAUGAGUAGAUAUGAAUCCUUUAGGAGAUCUGCACUUCAAAAGUCCAACAUGAGAAGGUUGUUGGUUAGCAUCACUGGGAGCCAGAAAAUUUCUUUACCAAUGACCAUUGUUGUGUGUGGGAUAGCAAAAAUGUAUGUUGGCGAACUUGUUGAGACAGCUAGAAUGGUUAUGACAGAGAGAAAAGAAUCUGGGCCAAUCAGGCCUUGCCACAUCAGAGAGGCUUAUAGAAGAUUGAAGCUUGAAGGGAAAGUACCUAAGAAAUCAGUGCAGAGGCUCUUUCACUGAGUGUAUCAAGAGACGAACUUAGCAAACAUUUAUCAGUGGCAGGUUAAUGGAAUCAAUGUAUACUUCUGCGAUUGUGUUAUCCAAUUUUCUUUUCAGCUCCAAAAAGGUUAAAUACAACAGAGAAACUUUGCCAAAAGUGAUGGGGUUGCUUGUCUGUGAGAGCUUCAAAAAUUGAAACGUAUUGAUAUUACCGGUACUUAUGAUUAUACUCCGAUGCAUGGCAUGAUGACUAGAGGGCUUCCCCAAGUAUUGGGAUGACGCUUUCUUUAGCUUGGUUUGUUGGAAGAAACGAGUCAUUCUGCAGCACCGGCUGUUGGAGCACUAUUCUCGUAUUGGCAGCUUCUAUUACGAGAUGAUGACCGAUACUGUCAGGAGAAAGAACUACUUAUGUUAGAAGCAGCAAAAUGAACUCAAAUCUGGAAGCCCAUCCGAAAAAACAGAACUCGAACCUGACGCAAAAAUGUAUGUUGGAAUUAGAAAAGCGGAGACUAAUUGAGAGGCUAAGCGGUAUAUUAAGUUGAACAAAAUCUUCCUGAAUCAUCACCACAGGAUUUGCAAGUGGAAUUGGAACUGAAUUUGGGGAAGAAUUUCUACUGCAGAAUUGACAAUGGUAACAUUCAGUUUAAUGAAGUCAUCCCAUGAUGUGGAGGAGAAAAUGGUUACUCUUUUUGGAGUUCAGAUUAAUUGAUGGGCUCAGUGUUAAUUCUUAUUUAUUUAGGCUGCCUGUAUUUGGUUUCGUUCUUUUGUUUACCUUCUUUCCCAUGUCACCUUAGCUCAAUUGAGUUGCAAUUGCCUCAGCAGUUAUUUAGUUGUAUGGAAUAGCUAAACUAUUAUCCUUGCGAUGAGGAGUGAAUAUGCUGUUGAUUUA